ACGGAUACUUUCACUUUCGAUAGACUAUCGCGUUCAGGACACAUACGAGUCGAGGAACUGUUGUUGUUUGUCUUGCUUAUCGACGGGAAAAAAAAUGAAUUGUUUUCUUUCCGCAUCUGUCUUAUUCUUCCUGGUCAGCUGUGCUCUUGGGCGACAAUCGUCACCCAAGGUGCAGGUGUACAGCCACAAUCCUGGUAAACUGGGUGAACCUAACACUCUGAUCUGCCAUGUCAGUGGUUUCCACCCUCCUGACAUCUCCAUCACCCUCCUGAAGAAUGGGGUUGAGAUGAAGGGUGGCAAGCAGACUGACCUGGCCUUUGAGUCAGGCUGGCAGUUCCACCUUACCAAGCAUGUGCCCUUUCAUCCACAGAAGAGUGAAGAUUACACUUGCCUUGUUAGGCACAUGACCAACGAAAAGAUAUACACAUGGGAAGCUGACGUAUAAAGUUGUGGAAGCUGAGAAAGAGAGGAUACAGUAGCUGAAGUGGAUCGCUUCUCAUCAAACCUGAAAUCACCAUACAACUUGAUCUCUUCUAAUUUUGACUCAAGUUCCCUAUGCAUUGCUUACUAGAGACAUAGUGAAUCUUUGGUGGUGGGAUAUUACAUGUUACCCAAGAAUGGUAACCACUAGAUGGAAGUCUUGUUAAAUAUAUUUUCUUUUUAAGCAUUGGGGUGAUCAAAGCUUUAUAUAAUAUUAGAUUGUGUUUGCGCUCCAUAUUGUAAUAGAUACUUCUAAACAGAAUGUAAUUUCUUGUAAGUACCCAUUGAAGUUGACUAUCUGAUCAAUGAGGGUAAACACUAUAAGGGCACUUCAUUUUGAUGUGUUGUAGUUGCACACUAAUGCCCUAGUGGAUUUGUUCCAGUGAUGGUAAUAAAUGCAUGAGACAAGAAAAAAUAAGAAAAAUUGUCUGGUUCUGGUUUAAUCUUUGAUGUGAAGCAGUGUACGUCAACAGGUUAAUUUGCACUCCCCAUGGUAAGACAAUUGCUCUUGUCAUUCUCUUGUAAUAAACAAAAAUCCACCCUU